GAGAGGGGAGCAUGAGAUAAAUGGCCAGGAGGAAAAGGUUGAGAACAAAUCCAAACCAACCAAUCCCAAUAUCCACAUACCACCCCUCUCCAUUGGACCACAUCUCUUCUUCCCCCCCAAACAAAAACCAAGAAACCCCCUGCGGCAGCUUGCUCUGCUCUCUGCAAGAACUCCAUCAAAUUCCACGGCCAAAAACACUCCAAGAAUUAUUUUAUUUGGGUGCAAAAAGGAAAGGUGAUUAGCCAGCCAGGCUGCUGCUGCUCCAUCUCAGUGCACAGGCACUCACUCCGAGGGCGUGAAAAUCCAAUCCGCCACACUCCGGAGUUCUUGGAGAAAUCCCUCGCUCGGUUCAAGAAAAAUAUUGCGGCCAUUUCUUGGGGGUUCUUGAGAGCUUCUCCUAGCUACCGCCAAUAAUCCGGGAGAGCUUAGCAAGAAGGUUGCUUUGGCGGAGAGCUGUGUUGGAUUGAUUGGGCGGCGCCAUGUCAGUGUCGCCGUCGUCGAUGGGCGGCGCCGGCGAGGCGGGGGUGCGGACCGUGGUGUGGUUCAGGCGGGACCUGCGCGUGGAGGACAACCCGGCGCUGGCGGCAGCGGCGCGCACGGCCGGGGAGGUGGUGCCGGUGUACGUGUGGGCGCCGGAGGAGGACGGGCCGUUCUACCCCGGCCGGGUGUCCCGGUGGUGGCUCAGCCAGAGCCUCAAGCACCUGGACGCCUCGCUCCGGCGGCUCGGCGCCAGCAGGCUCGUCACGCGGCGGUCAGCCGACGCCAUCGCCGCGCUGAUCGAGCUCGUCCGCAGCAUCGGCGCCACGCAUCUCUUCUUCAACCAUCUCUACGACCCGCUGUCGCUGGUGAAGGACCACCGGGUGAAGGAGCUGCUGGCGGCCGAGGGCAUCGCCGUGCAGUCCUUCAACGCCGACCUGCUGUACGAGCCAUGGGAGGUCGUGGACGACGACGGCUGCCCGUUCACCAUGUUCGCGCCGUUCUGGAACCGGUGCCUGUGCAUGCCGGACCCGGCGGCGCCGCUGCUGCCGCCCAAGAGGAUCACCCCGGGCGAGGCGUGGAGGCGGUGCCCGUCGGACGAGCUGGUGUUCGAGGACGAGUCGGAGAGGGGGAGCAACGCGCUGCUGGCGAGGGCGUGGUCGCCCGGGUGGCAGAACGCCGACAAGGCGCUGGCGGCGUUCCUCAACGGCCCGCUCAUGGACUACGCGGCGAACCGGGAGAAGGCCGACAGCGCCAGCACGUCGCUGCUGUCGCCGUACCUGCACUUCGGCGAGCUGAGCGUCCGCAAGGUGUUCCACCAGGUGCGGAUGAAGCAGCUCGUGUGGAGCAACGAGGGCAACCACGCCGGCGACGAGAGCUGCGCGCUCUUCCUCCGCUCCAUCGGCCUGCGGGAGUACUCCAGGUACCUCACCUUCAACCACCCCUGCAGCCUCGAGAAGCCCCUCCUGGCGCACCUCCGGUUCUUCCCCUGGGUCGUCGACGAGGUCUACUUCAAGGUGUGGCGGCAGGGGAGGACCGGCUACCCCCUCGUCGACGCCGGCAUGCGCGAGCUCUGGGCCACCGGCUGGCUGCACGACCGCAUACGCGUCGUCGUCUCCAGCUUCUUCGUCAAGGUGCUCCAGCUCCCGUGGCGCUGGGGGAUGAAGUACUUCUGGGACACCCUGCUCGACGCCGACCUCGAGAGCGACGCCCUCGGCUGGCAGUACAUCUCCGGCUCCCUUCCCGAUGGCCGUGAGCUUGACCGCAUCGACAACCCUCAGCUCGAAGGCUACAAGUUCGACCCGCACGGCGAGUACGUCCGGCGAUGGCUGCCGGAGCUGGCCAGGCUGCCGACGGAGUGGAUACACCACCCAUGGGACGCGCCCGCGUCGGUGCUCCAGGCUGCAGGGAUUGAGCUCGGCUCCAACUACCCGCUCCCCGUCGUGGAGCUCGACGCGGCGAAGACCAGGCUGCAGGACGCGCUCUCGGAGAUGUGGGAGCUCGAGGCCGCGUCCCGCGCGGCCAUGGAAAACGGAAUGGAGGAGGGCCUCGGCGACUCCUCCGACGUGCCGCCGAUCGCCUUCCCGCCCGAGCUUCAGAUGGAAGUGGACCGAGCGCCGGCGCAGCCGACUACUGUUCACGGUCCGACAACGGCUGGCCGGAGACGACAGGAUCAGAUGGUGCCCAGCAUGACCUCCUCGCUGGUCAGAGCCGAAACCGAACUUUCGGCGGAUUUUGACAACAACAGCAUGGACAGUAGGCCGGAGGUGCCGUCGCAGGCUCUCUUCCAGCCUCGGAUGGAAAGGGAGGAAACCGUCGACGGCGGGGGUGGCAGCGGCGGCGGAACGGCGGCCAGGACCAAUGGAGGUGGCCAACAGCAGCACAACUUUCAGACAACAAUACACCGUGCGCGGGGCAUCGCGCCGUCGACGUCGGAGGCAUCAAGCAGCUGGACCGGGAGAGAAGGCGGGGUGGUGCCCGUCUGGUCGCCUCCGGCGGCGUCAGGCCCCUCAGAUCAUUACGCUGCCGAUGAAGCUGAUAUUACCAGUAGAAGUUAUUUGGACAGGCAUCCACAGUCGCAUACGAUGAUGAACUGGAGUCAGCUCUCGCAGUCAUUGACAACAGGCUGGGAAGUGGAACAUUAAUCCUGAUUGUCGGAAUUUAAUGCUAGGAAGAUCGACAUUGAGAAGAAUUCAUAUGUAAAAUAUCACCUUUUGUUUGUCUAUAGCCUUGGUGUGCAUGGAUCAAGUGAUGAAGCUUCCUUGAUGCAAUAAUGAUUAUGUAAUCUAGUUUUACAGAACAUCUGUGGUAUAGGUUUGCUAGUUGUGAAAAGGAUAUGUGCUCUUUGUUAGAUAAGAGGCUAUUCUAGCAUUAUGCCUUAGACUUGUACAUUCUCCCUUUGGUUAUUGUAAUCUUGAUGGAAUAGUCAUCACAGAGCUCUCCGUUGGACUCAGUUCAGUAGUGCAUACCUGGUAUGAAACUGGAUUCAGGAAAUAACAGCAGUGCCAUGAUGGUGGAAAUAAGCAGAGAUCCUGAAAGAUUAAAGGGGCAUUAGUCAAGGGGAAAAGAGGCUUCAGAGAUUUACCCGAGGUGACAAAAAUGAUAUCUUAACCAGAUAAAACGAGCAGAUCAGGACUUCACAUUCUUAUCAUCGACUUACCUGGAGUGUGAUAGUGAUACCGAGCACAUCAGAUGUAUUGGGGUCAAGUGAGAUGAUUAAUUAGUAAACAAUCAUAAGAACAGACCACAGUAUCUUAUCAUUAGUUAGGACAUUGUGAACAUGCGCUACUUUGUCUUGGGCUUCUGGCAGUGUGAGACCCAUAGCAUGAAAAUGACAAGCAAUUGUUUGAUUUCUGAUGAGGCAUUACAAGGCAAAAACAACAAUAAGAUGGUGCAAAU